AUGAGGCGGGAUGAAUGGCUCGCAGCGCUGCAGGAGAUGCCAUGGACACCGUGCGAAGAGAGCCAUGGCCUGCCCCGCUACCGCGCAGUAGAAGCCUACCACUGCACGUACUGCGCUUACACCGUGUGCGCUCGCUGCUACAAUGCAAUACCCACUGGACUUCUUCUCGCAUCACGUGAAUCAGGCGCCACUGGCAAUCCUGCUGUUCCAAGAGGCUCCACCACGCUCCGUGCGGCUGAGAAUGAUGACGACGACGGUACGCCGCAAGGUGUAGCGACGGGCGAGGGCUUCAGUUGGCCGCGCUGCUUCUUGUGCCGCAGUGGGGCGUUGGUGCGCGAGACUGUGCCGGUGCACGAGUGGACGUGCGAGGGGCCGAGGCCGGCGCGACGGCUUCAGCGCGGCCACAACGCAUCGUACGAUAUGGACGUGACGCAGCGGUACUACACGAUGAAGGAGCAGAGGGACAAACGCGCCCUCUCGAAGGCACCGCUCGUUGCGCGCUUCCACGGAGCUGAUCCACCGUCGCGCACCUUUGCCGACCACCACCACCAGAGCAGCAGCGAGAGUGGCGGCGGUGAUGACGCUGCGUGUGAUUCGGCCGGCAGUGACGCGGUGCAUCGCGGGCCAUUCUGCGAGGAGGGCAGCAGCUUCGUUUUCUCCGUGCAGAACCCCCGCAUGGAGCAGUCCUGCGUGUGGUGCGCCGUUAACCGCCGCGUGCAGCAGGCGCAGCCCGUGCUGGGCGCUGAGGAAACGGUCUCCCCUCUGCAAAAAAUGCGCUGCCCGCCGUCGCUGCCGGGCAUCCCGCCGCGGCGGUUCCGCGUUGCUGUUCCGUACGGGGCGUAUGGGCUCCACAACGUGCACGCGCUCGCACUGUACCUCACGGAUGAUAUCUUCCGUAAAGCCACACUGAAGCUACAGGGGACCACGGCAGAUGUUGAGCCAAGCACAGCGGGGGAGCAGCCGCAGAAGCAGCUUGUGCGGGAGGGGCAGCUCACAGCUGGGAAGGAGUUCCCCCGAAGUGUUGUGCGGCCGCUUCUCGUCGUGGAGGUGCUGCACCGCGUCGCCACGAGUGACCCGCUGCGGGAGCUGCUCAGUGCGCGGUGGUUCGCAAGAAGUACAACAAUCGAUGCGGUGAAUGUGUCCCCUCCACCAGCGGCACAGCCCAGCGAGGAAGUGGUCGGCGUGCUGUGCGACGCCAACUUCGACGAGAGGAACAAAAAUAAGAAGAACAAUGACAGUGAUGGCUGCACGCUGCAGCCACGCAAGGAAACGAUGACGGCAGCGCAGGCUCCUGGUGAAGAGGAUGAUGUGUGCAUGACUUGGUCUGACGGGUUAAGAUGUGAAGAGCUGCUUCUGACCGUCGACUAUCUGCUCCACGGCCGCUCUGUUGCCGUUUAUGGUAUCGCCUCCAAAUACUUCUUCCUUCAGCACGUUUCGCAGUCUGCGGAGUUGAGACACUACGGGGCCGCAGUCGUGGAUGGAUACCGCGCGGCCCCUAAUCACAUCGCACGCCAGUUGCGUGAUAUAGCAAAACAGCUGCGGGAGAGGCGGGAGAAGGCUGAGCGGGAGCUCCUGCGGAGCUUUUUUUUCCACCAGUCUCAUCGCGAUUCACUCGGAGUGGAUCGCCGCUCUGAGGCUCCUCCACGCGAGAACGAGCAGCAGGAAGAGGAGCGGGAGCUUUACAUCGUGGACGCUUCCCCCACGGAUUCCCCGCGAAGCCAGUCGUACCGCACCCCUUUGCGGAGUCGAGCAAAAGAGGAAGGGAGGAGCCUCUCACGGAGGCGUUGCGCGGAUAACGCAACGGCUGACGGCUUUGCUGUUUUAAUGAAUUUGCAGCUGGCCACUCCGCCACCGCGUGAGGAAAAGGGAGGCGUGCCACUCUUCUCCCCGGCUCCAUGUGCCGUCAAGCAACGUGAACACUCUAUGCUCCUUGUUCGAGGGGGAGAGACCGAUGCGGAGGUGCAGCGACGGACCGUGUUGGGUCAGGAACAGCAGCGCCUGCUGCCGCCUUCACAAGAUAAAAGAGAGAAAGCUGAAAUGGAACCGCCUCUUUCCCACCACCACGAAGAGGUUGAUGAGAAAGCGCGCGCAUGGUCACGGCGGCACUGGCUGCGUGAGCACUCAGACUGGAACUACGACGUGCCACUGCGUGGUUUACACGGCGCCAAGCGUCACCGUGACGAAGGCGACGAUGAUACAGCAGCGGUUUCCACGAUGCAUGACAGGCGCCCACGGCCGCCUCGCUUUACCGUUUCUUCCCCCGACCUGCUGCGCUCGCUUCGCCUUGCGUGCCGUGCGCCGAUGCGUGCAUGCAUAGGUUGGAUGUCGCUGCCGUCGCCCACCGCGCAGGGCCUCGUCUCAGGCUCGGCGCAUACCGCGUCGCUGUCGUCGUUCGGCCAGAGGCGCCCUAUGCUCCUCGUUGUGCACGGCGUGGAUCAACUUGACCCCCCGCUGCUGCUGGAGUUGCAGGCCAUUGCGCGGGAGCAUCCACACCACGUUGUGUUGCUUUGUUCCUUCGAUGACCCCAACUGGCCGGUGGCGAGCGGCGCCGGUCUGCUGGACCCUUUUCGCGUCGCGUAUGUCCACCUGCGCUCCUUGCUGCUCCCGCGAGUGCACGAGAUGGCGCCCGUCAAGAGCAUGUCGCUGCUCACGGAGCUGGAGGCUUCUAUGGCGGGCGGCGGAAAGUUCAGUCGCUACACCAGCCGUGGUGGCGCUCUAGCAGCGGGUGCCACGUUGCCACUUCAUGAUACCAUUCGCCGCGUUCUUUUUAGUCUCCCCGCUACAUUCAGCGAGCUGCUGCGAUGCAUGAUUGAACGCCAGGAGACAUCUGGUGAGAAUGUCUUUAUUCCAAUGAGUCUGCAUCAACAGCACUUUGACGAAUGUGGGAUGAUGGUUUCGAUGGGCCGACUGAAGGCCAUUGAGCGGGAACUCACCUCCAAUCGCCUCGCUAUCCUCAAUGCGGCGGAGAAUAAGCUGAUGAUUCCGCAGCACAGACGACUGCUGAAGGUAAUGGAAGAAGUUGUGGAGCAACGACGUAACGUUGAUGCGUCUGCCGGGCCAGCUCCCGUUGAGGCGUAG